AUGGAGGAUUCUACAACUGGUUUUAAUGUCAACGACACUACCACACCAAGGUUACGGGGAGCGGAGGAAUAUCACCUGCAUAAAAUAGCCCAGUGGCUGGACGAUUACUCCACGUACAUCCUCACAGCUCUGGCAGUUGUUCUCAAUUCCGCAGCUUUCAUCACCAUCUGUUCAAUGAAGCCUUUGACGUCAACACCCAUCUACAUCGCCGCGCUAGCCGUCGUCGAUACGCUCUGUCUCGUUUUCAAACUUCUGACCACUCGGCUUGUCAGAGUGGAGAGCAUUCCAGAGGAAUUAGCGUGUGGCGUUCUUCUUUGUUUGUUUUUCUUUGUGCAGUUUUUGUCGAGUUUUCUUAUUGUGACGAUAUCAGUGGAGAGAUUCGUCGCCGUCUGGUUUCCCUUUAAAGUCAAUCGUGUUUUCACCCGCAAGGUGGCUCUGGGCUCCAUCUUAGGGCUGUCCAUUGGAAUACUUCCUCUUAGCGCUUGGAGUAUCUGGUUUUAUGAGCGCUUUUACGACGACCACUGGGGGAUAGUCUGUGUAGUGAAGCUCAGACAUGUAAUUGUUUUUAGUGUCUUCAGGAAAAUCCAUCCAUUAAUUUAUAUGGUUAUUCCUUUCAUAGUGGUUCUCAUUCUGAACGUAAGCAUUAUAGUAGGCUUGCGCAAAGCUGUCAACGGAAAUUUGACGACUGGAAAUGGAGCGUUACUGCGGUUCAGAGUCAGCCGACGGCUCAGCGUUAUGCUGGUCGUUACAUCAAUCGCCUUUCUUGUUCUAGAGUUACCUAUGGUGUGCAUAGGUUUAUUUAAAUAUUUUGAGAAGGAAGACACCUCGAGUUUCGUAAAGAGUUACUUCUUUGUGGAAGUGGCACAGACCUUGGAGGACACGAACCACGCUGUGAAUUUCAUUCUUUAUUUUCUAGCCGGUGAAAAAUUCCGUAAGUUGUUUUUGAGCAUGGUGUCGUUGCGGUUUUGCAAGGCUUCUGCAGUGCCAGAUAACACACCGCUUUCGGUACAUACUUCCGAGAGGGUCCUGCAUAGGACGGAGCUGUACUCUAUGAUUAAUCAUCGUCAGUCAACGGUAUCUGCGAACAACUCACAGCGUGACUCUAAAGUGGACACCAGUGUGAAACUUUGUUCUUAA